AUGAAGAUCCCUCAAAGAUACUCCAUUUCAAAAGCUAACACAUCCAAGAAACCUAUGGUGUGCAAGCUUCACAAGUCCAUUUAUGGACUAAGACAAGCAUUAAGACAAUGGCAUGACACUUUGAAGAAGGCAUUAGCAUCACAUGGUUUUGUCCAAUCAAAACAUGAUUACUCCUUGUUCACCAAAGGUCAGCAUGGAUCUUUCAUUGCUUUAUUGGUUUAUGUUGAUGAUAUAAUCAUUGUUGGUCCAGCUCUGCAGUUGAUUGCCAAAACAAAGCAAAUAUUACAAAGUCACCUCAAGUUGAAAGAUCUUGAUAGUCUUAAUUUCUUCUUAGGCUUAGAGAUUGCUAGAUCCAAAACUAGAAUCUAUCUUUCACAAAGAGGCUAUGCUCUUUCACUUUUGGAAGAAACAACUUUCAGUGGCUGUAAACCCCCUUCAAUUCCCAUGGAAAAUUCAUCAAGUCUUACUGCUAUAUCUGGUACUAAAUUAUUUGAUCCAGGUCGUUAUAUUGUGAGUAACGCUCAAAGAGGGGGUAACAAUCAACAAAGGACUCUAACUUCGAUCCCUAUGACCUACACUGAACUGCUACCACAACUGGUUCAAAAUGCUCUAAUUGUGCCUUUUCCUAUAAAGCCUGUCCAACCUCCAUAUCCAAGAAGUUAUGAUCCAAAUGCCAAAUGUGAAUAUCAUGCUGGAACGAUAGGUCAUUCAACUGAGAGAUGUUGGGGUUUGAAACACAAGGUACAAGACUUGAUAGAAGCGGGAUUAUUAAGCUUUAAAGAAAGCGAGCCCAAUGUAAGAAGUAAUCCACUUCCAGGUCAUGGGACUUCAUCAGUUAAUGUUAUCAAAGAAGAAUGUACUCCACAAGUGACAGAAGUAGAGAAGAUUCGAACCCCCAUGAGAUUCAUUUUUUCAAAAUUGUGCAAAUAUGGGAUGAUUAAGGGAGAGUCUCGCGAAGCAGGAGUGUGUGAUCUCCACCCUACAGCUGCACAUUCUAUUGAGGAAUGUGACAGGUUCAAGCAAAUAUUGCAGGGCAUGAUUAACUCAAACUUGGUUCAGGGAGAGUCUCGCGAAGCAGGAGUGUGUGAUCUCCACCCUACAGCUGCACAUUCUAUUGAGGAAUGUGACAGGUUCAAGCAAAUAUUGCAGGGCAUGAUUAACUCAAACUUGGUUCAGGACACUAAGGCGGUUCCAUGGCGUUACGAUGCGAAGGUAAAGAGUGACUACCUGAAUGCCCAACAAAAAAAAGGUGUCGAUACUGCAAGAACCAACAUAACAAAUAUCACGGGGGUAGGUGGAAUGACCCGUAGUGGUAGAGUCUAUACCCCAGAAGAGUUGAGAGUAAAAGACUUUACAAGACACCAUGAGGAAAAGGAAAAUACAAUCAUCAAUGAAGGGGUUUCAGGUGUUAGGAGGAGAGAUGAUAAAAAAGUCGUGGAUGAAAGGAAAAAGGAAGUAUCCGAUGAAGAAGCCUCAGAAUUUCUUAAGUUUAUUCGACAAAGUGAGUACAAGCUUAUUGAUCAAUUAAAUCAUACUCCUGCAAGAGUAUCUUUGUUGUCAGUGCUGAUGAAUUCUGAGAGUCAUAGAAAAUUAUUGAUGAAGAUCUUGAAUGAAGCUCAUGUGUCCAAUGACAUCACACUAGACACAUUUGGCGGCAUCGUUGGUAACAUUACAGCCAAUAACCACCUAACUUUCACAGAUGAUGAAGUCCCAGCUGAAGGAAGGGGACAUAACAAGGCUUUACACAUCUCUGUGAAAUGCGCAAAUCACAUUUUGGCUAGAGUGCUUAUCGAUAAUGGGUCCUCAUUGAAUGUGAUGCCCAAGUCAACACUGGAUCGAUUGCCUUGUGAUGGGACACAUAUGAAACCAAGUUCCAUGAUUGUGAGGGCCUUUGAUGGAUCACGAAGGGAAGUUAUGGGAGAGAUCGAGAUCCCUGUCCAGAUUGGCCCAUUCACCUUCAACAUAACUUUUCAAGUCAUGGAUAUCAAACCUGCAUACAGUUGUUUGUUGGGAAGGCCAUGGAUCCAUUCAGCUGGGGUUGUUCCCUCUUCUUUACAUCAGAAGCUGAAAUUCAUCGUGGAGGACAAGCUAGUGAUUGUCUCAGGAGAGGAAGACAUGUUGGUGAGUUGUCCUACUCCCACUCGUUAUAUUGAAGCAACUGAGGAGGCUUUGGAAACCUCAUUUCAGUCAUUGGAAAUAAUUAGUACUGCUUAUGUUGAAUCUCCAAUGGGAAGUCCACAAUCAUCAAGUGCAUCCAUGAUGGUUGCAAAGGUCAUGAUGAAUGGAGGGUAUCAGCCAGGACUUGGGUUGGGAAAAUGCUUGGAAGGAGUCACAAAAUUGAUAGAUUUGCCAGAAAAUAAGAAUCGAUGGGGGUUAGGGUACAAACCUACUCAAGCCGAUAAAAGAAGAAUGGCAGAGGAGAAUAAAGAGAAAAGGUUGGCUCGUCUAGAGAAUCGAGAGCCUAAAGUUCAGAAGAUUCCCAUUUGUCACCUUUAUCAAAGCUUUCGAAGCGGGGGGGUGGUGCACGCAGAUCAAGUGGCUAUGAUUAAGGAAGAUGAUGAUGAUAAUCACGCCAACUUCAUAUAUCUGUGUGACCCAUGUGAAGAGCUCCGCAACUGGAAGAUCGUUGAAUUUCCUGUGACUCUUAAUUCAAUUUCAAAAUCCGAUAAUAACCAUGCCAAAAAUAAUAAUGCUAACAUCCCAUGUCACAAUUUUGAUCACCCCAUUAAUGAAGCUGAAGAGGAUGACGAUGACCUGAGCACCCCACCAGAAAUUGAAAUGUUGGUGGAACAAGAGGAUCGGGUGAUCCAACCCCAUGAAGAAGAACUUGAAGUGAUUAAUCUGGGAAAUGAAAAUGAUAAAAAAGAAAUAAAAAUAGGAGUUGCUAUAAAAGGAGAAGAAAGAAAUAAGUUGCUUAAGUUGUUAUUUGAGUAUGUCGAUGUCUUCGCGUGGUCAUACCAAGACAUGCCCGGGUUGGAUUCUAGCAUAGUUGAGCAUCACUUACCAUUGAACCCCGAAUGCACACCAGUUAAGCAAAAAUUGAGGCGCAUGAAGCCAGAGGUCUCUUUAAAGAUAAAAGAAGAGGUAAAGAAACAAUUUGAUGUUGGAUUCCUUGCAGUGGCGAAGUACCCUCAAUGGGUUGCCAAUAUAGUUCCUGUUCCAAAGAAAGACGGAAAAGUUCGAAUGUGUGUUGACUACAGAGACCUUAACAGGGCUAGUCCCAAGGAUGAUUUCCCAUUGCCACAUAUAGAUGUUCUAGUGGAUAACACUGCCCGACAUGCUUUCUUUUCGUUCAUGGAUGGAUUUUCAGGAUAUAAUCAAAUAAGGAUGGCUCCUGAGGAUAUGGAAAAAACUACAUUUAUUACAUCAUGGGGAACAUUUUGUUACAAAGUGAUGCCCUUUGGAUUGAAGAAUGCUGGAGCAACCUAUCAACGAGCUAUGGUGACUUUGUUUCAUGAUAUGAUGCACAAAGAGAUUGAAGUUUAUGUCGACGACAUGAUCGCUAAGUCAAGAACAGAGGUAGAGCAUAUCAUAAAUCUACAAAAGCUAUUUGUGCGGCUAAGGAAAUAUAAGCUCCGACUUAAUCCUGCCAAAUGUACUUUUGGUGUGAAGUCAGGAAAGUUGUUGGGAUUUGUAGUUAAUGAAAAGGGUAUAGAGGUUGAUCCUGACAAAGUGCGAGCAAUUUUAGAAAUGCCAGCUCCUAGUACAGAAAAAGAAGUUCGUGGUUUCUUGGGUACGUUGAACUACAUUGCCAGAUUCAUAUCUCAAUUAACUGCCACCUGCAAUCCGAUUUUCAAGUUACUGCGCAAGAGUCAACCAGUGGUAUGGAAUGAAGAUUGUCAAAAAGCUUUUGAGAAGAUCAAGCAAUAUUUACAAGACCCUCCAGUUUUGGUACCUCCCAUUUCAGGGAGACCUCUCAUUCUGUAUAUCUCGGUAUUCUUUGCUAGAGCGAACCUGUUGUGCUUUGGCUUGGGCUACUCGGCGUUUGAGACAGUACAUGUUAAGUCACCCUACUUGGUUAGUGUCCAAGAUGGCCCCGAUCAAGCUGUUAAAGGUAGUGCAUUGGCUGAGCUUUUGGCUCAUCAACCCAUAGAGGAUUAUCAAUCAAUGGAAUAUGAUUUUCCAGAUGAAGAUAUCAUGGCUUUAUUUGAGGAGGGAGAGUCCAUGAAUGGAGAGAAGUGGAAGUUGUUGUUUGAUGGAGCUUCUAACGCACUAGGGCAUGGAAUUGGGGCAGUGUUGAUUACUCCAGAGAACCAGUUAAUCCCUUUCACCGCAAGGUUAGGUUUUGAUUGCACUAACAAUGUGGCAGAGUAUGAAGCAUGUGCAAUGGGGAUUCUAGCAGCUUUGGAAUUUAAAGCUAAAGUGUUAGAAGUUUAUGGAGACUCAGCAUUGGUUGUUCAUCAACUCAGAGAUGAAUGGGAAACUCGGGAUUCUAAAUUAAUUCCAUACCACUCAUACAUCAAAAAUUUGAUGGAACAAUUUGAGGAAAUAACUUUCCAUCACAUCCCUCGUGAGGAAAAUCAAUUGGCUGAUGCCCUGGCUACAUUGUCUUCGAUGUUCAAGAUUAGUCAAGGAAAAGAGGUUCCACUGAUAAGAAUACAGAAUCAAGGUCAACCAGCAUAUUGUCAAGCAAUAGAGGAAGAACCAGACGGAAAACCAUGGUUCUAUGACAUCAAGCGCUAUCUAAAAGACAGAGAGUACCCUCCUGGAGCUUCAGAAAAUGACAAGAAAACUUUAAGGAGAUUGGCAAUGAGAUUG